UUAAAUGUUAUUGAUCCUUUUAUUCAGUGUCAGGGUUAACUCUUAGAGACCUUUCGUGUCUUUUUGUUGUUGUUUUUUGGGCUUGAUUGAUGGGGUCCCUCACCUGAACCGAGGUGACUGAAUAAUUAGUGUGGCUAUAAGAAACCGAGAUUUUUCCUUAACUGUGUCUUGCAUCUGUUUUGUUAAACUGCUGUUCAGUUCAGUUGUAUAAAAUCUGUCCAUGUUUUGUUCUUGGUAUCUUAAUUUCAUGCUUAGUUUGUUCUUGUUUGUUCUCUAUGUUUGUUUUUCUUUAUAUUAUUAAAAACACUUAAAGUUUUACCUCUGCGAUUAUGCCUCGUCUACAACUUCAACCCCCCCCCCCCAACAUCCUCUUUUUUAUUAUGUAAAAUAUAAAGCCUAAAUCCUUCCUAAAGGAAGAAGGAAAUCAGAUCUGCUUCAUAUUAAUUCAGUGGGAAAAUGAUUUAUUUUACUUUAACCUGAUAAAUGGAAACACAGUGUCUGGGACAGGACGAGGAGGUGUAAAGGGGGUAAAUGUAAACUUUAUACACCUCUAUACACUCUAUACAUAAUCUCUAAACUCUAUAUAACAUCCCUUGUGGCUUUUUAAGUGUAGAAUUGAAGGAAUGAACUUCUAACUGUGCUAAAUGAGGAACCUAUGGAGAGGAUAUAAAGGGGUUCGAACCCCGUGUAUCAGUGGAGUAACCAUGACGAAGUUUUCUCACAUCUGUAUCAUGUGGAUCAGCAGCUGUGUGUACCUCCUCUCUGCAGAACCUGAGAUCAGUGUAUCUGGCCCAGUGGGUUCUACAGCUGUCCUGCCGUGUCAACUGACGAGUGUAGACACUGACAGACUGUAUAUUAGAUGGAACACUGAAUCUGAGAUUGUGUUUGAGCGACUGAGUGAGAGGUCGUAUCAGGGUGAGGAAUAUGAGGGUCGUGUGGACGUUCCUGUGGAGGAGCUGCGUAAGGGGAACUGUUCACUGGUGUUACACAAUCUGACAUUUACUGAUACAGGAGUCUACACCAGCUACCAGACAGUGAGACACACCAAGAGAUCUGUCCGUGUUAGGAGAGGAACAGUCCUGAUCAACAGUGUUAAUCUCUCAGUCUAUGUUCCCCCUCUUAAAGAAACAGACGUAGGUAUUUCAGCAGCUCCCACAGUAAUGAAGAGUCCUCACCCACUGGUCCUGGUCCUGUCCCUCGUCUCAUGUUUACUCGUCCAGCUCUUCUGUGGAGAAACAUGAGUGUGACCUACAGCUGUGUACAGGA